ACGAACGGUAGUCUGACCCCCGCACAUGCUACUUCAACGCCUGGUGUUUCUGAAGUGAAAAAGAUUGUGAAAAUAUUAUUGAGGCUGCACUUAGACACAAAUGGGAAGACAUUUUGGUUUAAAAUCAGUGAUAUUCGCUCAGAAAUCAUGCUGCCACUGUCGAGAGUGUGUGCUGUACUUCUGCUCGUCAUAAACCCUGCGCAUUCCACCGUCACCGAUUUGACUCCAACAUGCGCAAAAGGUUGCAAAUGUCUUGGGCCAUGGGCAAAAUGCAUCAGGGGUAAUGUCAAGGAUCUACCAGGACAUUUUGGGCCCCAGAUUGAAACCAUAUCUCUCCAGUCUUAUAACAUAGUUUCCAUAGAAGCCAACGCCUUUUCAGAAUUCAAAGUCCUUAAUUUGUGGAAACUUGACAUACUUAAUUGUGAAGUUGUUACAAUAAAGAGGAAUGCCUUCAAUGGUUUGCAGGAACUUCUGUCCCUGCAUCUAGACAACAACGAAAUAGAAAUAAUUGAAGCGGGAGCUUUCUCUGCCCUUUUAAAAUUAAACACGCUGAGUUUCCAACACAACAAAUUAAAAACUUUAGAUUCUGGUAUGUUUGACGGCCUCGUGAGCUUGAAUUUGUUGAAUUUAAACGACAAUUUACUGAAGAGUUUGAAACCAAGGUUAUUUGAAAAAGCACAAUUUCUGACAACGAUUCUCGUAAAAGAGAAUUGGAUCGAAACUGUAGAUAGAAGCAUUUUAGAAGGGCUAAAUAAAACAGCACAGCUUUACAUAGGCAAGAAUCCUCUUGUUUGUAACUGCGCCCUCAAGAAGGAAUGGCCCCUUCUGCGUGACAGAAUUGUGGGGGCCACAUGUCUCUCACCGAGCAACUUAGCGGGCAGCAGCUGGAACGUUCUUGAAGGCCUAAAUUGUGACCCCAGCAAAGAAAACUAAGUACACGUAGAAAUGGAGUGCGGGCCUAUGUGAGUUGUUCAUAAUUUGAGAUCGAAUAGAAACUCUGAAGAAACCAGCAAAAUCCACAGAAUAUGACAAGUAGGAAUGCUUCAUAUGAGUGUGAUAAUGUAAAGUUAAGAGUGGAGUGGAAGUGAGUCUUUUGGUAUUGAGCCCUUCAACGGACCUAUUGUAAUAGUUCUUCGUGAUAAGGAUAUGACAGGCGAGCAUUGCAAGAAUAAUGGCUGGCAAAAUAAAUUAAAAGUAUUUAGAGAAAGACUUUAUUCUCAACAAGUCUCAGUUGGAGUAUCCUAGGUUUGAACUUGGCCUGCUCAGUUACAAGCGAGUAAUUAAACUCCUCAGACAUGGUAAGGAAUUCCUAAACAUAUAUCCAUGGAGUACUUUUUGUUAUUUAAUGGAAUUUAUCUUCAGAACAGUAUAUAUUUCCAAGCACAGUGGCCGCGCUGUUUGAGGCUCAAGAAGUGUUCGCGAGCUCAAACACUGAAAUCGUUGGUUCGGAUCCCGCUUGAGGUACGGAUGUCUGUCUGCUUUUAUUCUGUUUGUGUUGUCCUGUUUAGGUAGUGACCUUGCGAUGGGCUGAUCACCCGUCCAAGGAUUCCUACCAACCAUCAUCAUCAUCGGCAAAACAGCCAUUCUUGAGCCAUAGCCUACCUUAGAAGGCUGUACCAAAUUGCAUCCAGUUUUCACUUCUUUGAAUUCGCAGCAGUAAUUAUUUUACAGAGCAAGGUCAUCAGCCUUGCGUCCAACCCCAUACCUCUAGGUUCAUAUCUCUGUAUUUAUGUCCCCCAGUGACAGGGUGGCAUAGUUAUGCGCCCAGGCACCGGGUUUCCUUUUCGUUGCCUUCUACGGCUCGCAGGGUUACGGUGGAGUUAUUAUAACCCACCUCCACAAGUUGAUCAACUGCCUGUAACGUUUACAAUUUCAUAAUUAAUUCUAAAUAUGAUAAGGUCAAGAAGCCUAAUCCAUCAAGGUAGAAGAAGAAGAAGAAGAAGAAGAAGAAAUGUUACUCAUAGAAUGUGACAACUCGUAGUAGAUACAGCUUCUGUCUGAAGUGUUUUUUAACUACUCGAUAUUUCUUGAAAUGUAAUUUACAACGAAUGAGGAGCUUCAUAGAAAGAUGUGUAGUUAUCUUACCGUCGAUUCAGUUUAGUUAAGACACUUAUAUACUAAAAUUAGUGCAAAUUUGUUCAUUUCGACCUCAAAUACUUUAUACGCACAGAAGGACUGUCGUAAUCAUAUUGAAACAAAUAUAAAAAAAAAGGAAAAAUAAGUUGUAAACAUUUCCACUCUCCUUCAUGUUAUAUUGUUUAUUGAUAAAAUUUUGUCAUUAAAAGUUUUACUGUUGAUAGUGA